AUGGGGUUCAAAGCUCUCUGUUUGGGGCUGUUUUGUGCUCUCUUUGCCUCUCAUAUGUAUAUCACCAUACCGGGCAACAUUGAAGAAUACUGAAAAGUAGGGGCCUUAGAUAUAUUUGCUAAAACUUGCACAUUUAUGGCUAUGUAUUUUGACAGUAUGGGUAUUAUAGAAGAGCUUAUUUCCAUGAUAUUGAGGCUGGGCCAUACCCAGCCAGUUUCCAAUGAGUAUGUCACAGUGAUGGAUACAGAAUUUGUUGACAUUCCAGUAUGUUUGUACUUGCCAAAGAGAAAGUCAGAAACCUCAAGAUGAGCUGUAAUCUAUAUUCACGGUGGUGCCUUUUUUUUCGGAAGUCUCAAGAAUAUGGCUUUUGAUGCCCUGAAUAGAUGGACUGCAAAGAAACUCGAUGCUGUUGUUGUAGGAGUGGACUAUAGACUAGCUCCUCAACACCACUUUCCAAUUCCAUAUGAAGAUUGCCUCACUGCAGUUAAGUUUUUUCUUCAAGAUGAAAUUCUUACAAAAUAUGGAAUAAAUCCCACCCAAAUCUGUAUUUCAGGAGACAGUUCUGGGGGCAAUUUGGCAACAAGAGUGACUCAACAGGUGCAGAAUGAUCUUGAAUUUUAACAUAAAGUCAAGAUACAAGCUUUACUUUACCCUAGCUUACAGCUAAUUGAUUCCUAUGUGUCAUCUCACCAAGAAAAUGAGAAUGGUAUAGUUCUAACAAGGGACUUAGCCAUAAAACUCAUCAGUUUAUAUUUCAACAAGAAUGAAGCAUUUCUCCAGGCAAUGAAAAAUGAACAUAUGCCUCUGGGAUCAAGACAUCUGUUUAAGUUUGCUAACUGGAGUACUCUCUUACCCAAGAAGUUUAGAAAGGGUUAUGUUUAUACUGAACCAAUUUUUGGAAGACACAAUUAUUCAUUUCCAGCACUUAUGGAUAUCAGAGCUUCACCCUUUUUAGCCAAAGAUUCCUGGUUACAGAAUUUGCCACCAACCUAUAUUCUUACUUAUCAAUAUGAUCUUUUGAAGGAUGAUAGAUUUAUGUAUGUUUCAAGACUUCGAAAUGUUGGAGUUCAAGUUACUCAUGACCAUAUUGAGAAUGGAAUCCAUGGAGCUUUAUCAUUCAUGGCAUCAUCAAUGUAUUUACAUCUAGGUUUCAGGAUAAGAGAUAUGUAUAUUAGUUGGCUGGAAAAUAAUUUAUAA